CCAGACUUCACCUGCGAUCUAAGCACAGAGCAACCGCCAGAUCCUUUCAACGCACUCAACCAGAGAGUUCUCUCGAUACUGUGUCCAACAACUUCAGACGUAGGCUACAUAUCUCUGCUGAAAAUCUCUUCGGACUAUAAAGGAGAGCCGGGGUUUUCUAUAAGGAUGCGAUCGGUUAUCUCUCUUCUCGGUGCCUUCAUAGCAGCCGCUGUGUUUCAAACAGGGAGCUGUGUGGAGACGGUUAUAGGUCUGUACGGUGAGACCAUCGAAGUGCCAUGCAACAAUGGAAAUAACAAGCCAGAUGGCCUUAUUUUCACCAAAUGGAAAUACGUGAAAGAUGAUGGCUCUCCCGGCGAUCUUCUCGUGAAGCAGGCUCAGAAAGAUGAGGCCACCGUGUCCGCCACAGACGGCUACAAAAGUAGAGUUAGUAUCGCCGCCAACUCCAGCCUUCUGAUCACCCAAGGCUCACUGACUGACCAGAGAGUUUUCACCUGCAUGGUGGUGUCAUUAACCAACUUAAAGGAGCACUCCGUGGAAGUGAAAGUUUACAAAAAACCAUCAGCCCCUGUAAUCAAAAACAAAGCGAAAGAACUGGAAAACGGCAAACUGACGCAGUUGGGGGAAUGUGUAGCGGAGAGUGCCAACCCAGCAGCAUAUCUCAUCUGGAUGAAGAACAAUCAGCCCCUAGUGGAUGACGGCAAAACGAUCAUUAUCACAUCUGCUAUUACCAAGGACCCAGCCACAGGUCUGUCCAGCACUUCUUCCCGUCUGCAGUACACAGCUAGCAAAGAGGAUGUAGAAUCACAAUUCACCUGCACGGCAAAUCAUGUGAUGGGCCCCGACCAGGUUUCAGCACCCGAGACCUUCCCAAUUCACUACCCUACUGAGAAGGUGAGUCUACAGGUUGUUUCUCAGAGUCCCAUUAGAGAAGGUGAUGAUGUGACACUGAAAUGCCAGGCGGACGGAAACCCUCCUCCUACCAGCUUCAACUUCAACAUUAAGGGCAAGAAGGUCACGGUGACGGACAAGGAUGUCUACACUCUGACUGGCAUUACCCGAGCGGACACUGGAGUGUACAAGUGCUCCCUGCUUGACAACGAUGUGAUGGAGUCCACUCAGAUGGUCACAGUGAGCUUUCUGGAUGUAAGCCUCACUCCUACAGGCAAGGUGUUAAAGAGUCUCGGGGAAAAGUUGGAGGUGUCAUUGGAAAAGAAUGCCUCUACUGAAGCAAAAGUAACAUGGAGUAAGGAUAACCGUAAACUAGACGAACUGCCCGAAUUCUCCAAGUUGACGUAUAGUGACGCAGGCCUGUAUGUGUGUGAUGUGUCCAUUGAAGGAAUCAAACGCAGUUUGUCCUUCGAACUUACUGUAGAAGGUGGUCCCAAUAUUAUGAGUCUAACAAAGCGUCGCAGCAACGAUGGCAAACAUAAAAUCUUGACGUGUGAGGCAGAAGGUUCACCUAAACCUGACGUGCAGUGGAGUGUCAAUGGAACUAACGAUGAAACAUCAUAUUUCAACGGGAAGGCCACAUACAAACUGACCGUAGUGCCCAGCAAGAACCUCACAGUCAGCUGCCACGUGACCAAUAAACUCGGCUUCGACUCGAGGAACAUCAGUGUGUUUUCUCUAUUUGAGGAGCACAAGUCCAAACCAGAAAAAAACGAAGACGGCGCGGAGCAGGCCAAAGUGAUUGUGGGUGUCAUGGUUGGUCUCUUUCUAGCCGCUGCUUUGGUGGGACUCAUCUACUGGCUCUAUAUCAAGAAAACAAGACAAGGCACCUGGAAGACCGGAGAGAAGGAGACAGGCACUUCAGAGGAGAGUAAGAAACUGGAGGAGAACAAUCAUAAAGCAGAUGUCUAAAAGAGAAGAGAAGAGAGCCGUCAAAAAAGAACGAAGAAGGUAUGAACCAGGAAAGAGGCCUUGUCACACUGAAUGUGCAGUACUACACACUUCAAUCAUCUAAUUCCAGACAUCUGAUUGGACAGCGAUGCCUCCUUCAGGCUACUCGUGUGCGUCACGCAUCACAGAAUGUUUCCAGAAUAUUUCCUACUCCCAAUGAACUAUUUACUAAAAAAAGAAAAAGAAAAAAAGAAAAUCCCCCACGAUACAAAAGUGUAAUAGAGAAAACCACUUGUGUUGUAAAUUCAGUCUGCACUGAGGAAUGCAUUUACUUUUGAUUGAUUCUGACUUUUUCUUUUUGUGUUCCCAGUGAAUGUUCUUGUUUCAUGCACAUUGCUGAUGUGGUGGGCACAGCUGUUUUGUUUCCCCUCUAGUUAAAAAAAAAAAAGUAAAUACACUGUACACUUUUUAGGCCUGUGUAAAUAAGGGGAGUACAUUCACUCUGCUUAACAUUUGGAUUAUUGGG